CCGCCAAGGAAUCGCUAAUUAUCCUCUGCGGACACGCUAAUUAUUCCCGAUGCAUCCAAUAAAGCAAGUGACACACUGCACGAAACUCAGUCAGUCUUGUUCAACAGCAGACGUGUAGGAUAUGGCAAUAGACGCCUCCGAAGUCGAUGGUCGGAUGUGGUUCACCUCGACAAAAUUUUGCCCACACGUUGCAGAAGGACUGCAUCCGUCUGCCAAGCGAGCACGUGUAUACACAGAGCAGCUUCCUAGUGUCUACCAGCUGAAACACCUGCGAGCACAGCGACACGACGGACGAGUUCCAAAGAGUCUUUGCGGCUACACACUCGAGGGAAGGAAACUGAAACUCACAACAGAUGUGAAACAUCGAAUCAGAGUAAAGCGCAUUCAGCUGCAUCUCCGAUCGCUACAUGAGACGAUCAAACCGACAUACAAGUCAAUGACCCCGUUCAGGCUGAGUGUCUCGGAAUGCAGUGAUCAUGAUCAUGACUACUACGCUCUCCACCUCGAUCUCGGUCUCGUCUACAAGGUGCUGCAUCAAACCGACAGCUCUGUCCUCUACAGCCUUCUUUACAGCUUCCACACGCCGCUGCCGUUGUUGGUAUUUCCCCAGUCGGGUACAAAUGCGGUCGAUUGUCCGGAUGACGACGUUGAUUCAUCCGACUCAGAAUUUAACGAAUCAGGCGACGACGAUGAAGUAGAUUGCUCGUUAAUUUUACAGCAACUUGGUGGGAAUUUUGCAAAAGAUGGAAUCACACUCGUCACGUGUCGAGGUGUGUCUGCUCCCAACUCCGAGCCCUACAAAAUGUCGGUCGACGAAUACGGCGAAAUCAACUGCUCUGGCGUUGAGUCCAGUUACCUACCAACACAAUUCGAGAUUCUCGCCGACAAGCAGAACGUCAGUAUUCCUGGUCAUGUCGUUUGUAUACGCUCUCGAGGCUUCGGUCCGGAAGAAAAAUUCUAUGUGGCUCUGACGGGCAGUGGAAGGAAAAUGAGAUUUACAAUAGAGAAUGCUGGAAGUGGCAUGAAAAAUCAUUCGAUUCCUAAAGAUGAAAAGUUUUACUUUACUGUGAGCGACCAUUCCGGAGGGUAUCGUUUCCAAGCGGUAACCGGUGAUCAGCGAUACCUCGCAUUUGAGUCGGCACCAAGAGGAGGAGUUCAAGUGACUGUUACGGACAAAAACGCAAAGAGCAAACUGUUAAGCACAGUCUUUGAUCUAAUUAAAUGGUAGUUGGAUCGAUGAGAGUAUGUAGCGAUUAAUUAAAUGGUUUUUUUAAAGCGUCUGUUGACAGAUUUCAUAGAUCCUAGUCGUUUGCUGAUUAACUAAGCUUUAAUUGAAUUGCCGUGAAACAAAAGAGAAUUGCUUUGC